AUGCUUAAUGGCUCUAACUUUAAGAAUUGGAAGGAGAACGUCAUGAUUGUUUCAGGUUGUAUAGAUCUAAAUCUUGCACUAUGGAUAGAACGUCCUCUCGCCCUUACGGAUACAAGUACCUCUGAUAUGAAGAGGGACUUGGAAAGGUGGGAGUGUUCAAAUCGCAUUAGCCUAAUGAUCAUGAAACGCUCUGUUCCAGAAGCAUUCAGUGGCACAAUGUCCGAUGAGGAUAAUGCUAAGGUAUUCCUUGAGAAACUAAAGAAACGUUUUACAAAAAACGAAAAUGCUCAAACAAACAACCUUUUGACAAGUCUUAUUUCAAUGACGUAUAAAGAAAAAAGAUCAUAUCAGGGAAUACAUUAUGGAAUCACUUCAAAGCUAAAGACACUUAAGUUAGAGUUGUCUGAUGACUUGCUCAUGCACUUAGUUUUGAUUUCCCUUCCUGCACAAUACAAUAAGUUCACUGUGAGUUAUAACACCCAAAAGGAUAAGUGGACUUUGAAUGAGCUUAUUGCUCAUUGUGUGCAAGAAGAGGAAAUGAUUAAGUAA